GCCGAGAGAGGCCGAGAGAGGCAGACAUGCGACUCACGUCUACCUUGCGGGUACCGCUCCGAGGCUGGCGGGAGCGGUUCGACUGCGCCGGCCGGGAUGUGGCCCACUGGUUCCCCGGGCACAUGGCGAGAGGGCUGAAGGAUAUGCAGAAACGCCUGCGAGUGGUCGACUGUUUACUGGAGGUUCAUGAUGCCCGCAUCCCACUCUCAGGCCGGAACCCUCUGUUGCAGGAAGCCCUAGGUAUCCGCCCACACUUAUUAUUGUUGAACAAAAUGGAUCUGGCAGACCUAACCCACAAACCGAGGAUUCUAGAAUGCUUGGAACAGCAAGGUUUUAGGAACGUCCUCUUCACGGAUUGCCUGAAAGAUGAAAAUAUCAAAAAGAUUAUUCCCCAUGUCACAGAACUGAUCAGCAACAGUCCGCGGUACCAGAGGAAUGAGAAUGUGGAGAGCUGCAUCAUGGUCAUUGGAGUGCCAAAUGUGGGGAAAUCGUCAGUCAUCAAUUCGCUGAGAAGGGUGCACCUCAAAAAAGGGAAAGCCUCCUUGGUUGGUGGGGAACCAGGCAUUACCAGAGCCGUUCUCACCAGAAUCCAGGUGAGCGAAAGGCCCAUCAUGUUCUUGCUGGAUACUCCUGGAGUGCUGUCUCCCCAGAUUGGGUGUGUGGAAACAGGAUUGAAGUUAGCACUCUGCGGAGCAAUCAAGGAUCACCUGGUGGGCGAGGAUGUCAUUGCCGAUUACCUUCUUUACACACUGAACCAGCGGCAGCAAUUCAGUUACGUAGAACGUUAUGGGCUGGAUGGUCCUUCGGAUAACGUGGAGAGUGUACUUAAGAGCAUUGCUCUGAGACUGGGCAAGACUCAACGAAUCAAAAUGCUGACCGGCACAGGAAAUGUGACCGUGAAGGUACCAAACUACAACGCAGCAGCGUCUGAUUUUAUCUACACUUUCCGCAAGGGACUUCUGGGGAAAGUCAUGCUUGACUAACGGCAGCAGCUUCCCGUGCGGCGCUGAAGUUUUCCCCUGGGUCGUUCUGGAGGAUUCUGCCUGGAACAGCAGUGUACCGUCCUUAAGCCUGGAGCCACUGACAGGUUGGCCUCCUUUGCAGAUGCAGUUGCCGAGCCCAGAUGCAGAGCCCCGAGAUGAGGAUGGAGCAGGCAGCAGUGGCCAUAACUGGCUACAUUUCCUGCUCUUUUCUGUACGCCUCCUCUCACUGCUCACUGCCCCACCUGCCCUUCCUUCUCCAGGUUGCAGCAGUUGGACGAGUUUUUUUUGUUUUGAGAGAGGAAGGGCUUUCUUGCAGAAGCUGAAGCAAAGUGAUCGUAAGGAACCUGUUACAGGUUGCAGUGUCUGUGCGAAGUUUGUCAGCAAGUUGCACAUGCAAUAAGCUAACUGAUGACCCUUGGGAUGAUUACUUCUGGGGGGCUUUUCACUGCUGCUUUCUGCUUUCCCUGUGCCAGUAUGUUCUAGGCAAUGAUUCUCAGCUUAUCUCUGCUUUCUAAGCACGAGAGUGCUGCCAUUCCACUUUCAUUUUAAAAAGUGAUGCAGAUUACGUUGAUUUUUAACUUGUUUGAACUAUGUAUGUACGCUGUCUCCGAAUGGUGGCUAACAAUGGUUUUAGUAAAUGACUUUUAAAGAAAUA